AAAGUAAUCAAAGCUCCCAGGGAUUUCCAAUGAAAGCCAUCCUUUGAGAUGCCUAAGAUGAGAACAUUGAUGUGAUGCAAAAGGAGUAAAAAUAGAAACCACUGAUGAUAUUUAAAAGGCUUGCAAAACAACCUCAGUCUCUAUACAGCACUAAGGUUUAGAAUUUGUUUCUUUAAAGAGGGGCACUGACUAACUUACUGGUUCAAUGCAUUGCAUUAGUCGAGGUGGCUGCUACCUGGUGAACUCCUUAUGUGAUGUUCAAGAGGAAAACCAUUUGACAAAGGAGUGUUACCAGGCUUGUUGGAUAAGUCUGGUGAUAGAAACAAGACCACAAUACAGGCAAACCCUGUCAGAUAAAAACUGCAUUGGCAAAGAAAGUUAUGAGCGGCAACAGGUGGUCCACUUCAUUGUUGAGAGGAAUCUGAACCAGACACUGAAGCUGGGCAGCAGAGACGGAGACAUGACAGAGCACCAGUUACCAAUUCUCCAGAAAAUCAGAGGUCCCAUCAAAGAAGAAAACACUUCUGAAUUCUCAAAACAGAAGACAAUAAUAGAGAGGACUAUAGAAGAUCAUAUUAAGCCUGUUCAAACUAACUUCAAGGCUGUCAGUUUGAUGCCAUCACGUCAGGAAAUGUCUUUGGGGCAGAUGAGAGAGUAA